AGAAAUUCAUUUUGGUUUUGAUGAUGAUUUCACAAGUCAACGUAGAAUACCAAAAACACCACCAGAAUCGUCAGUUGGCAAGUAUUUUGGGCAAGUGCAGAACAAAAAGACCAAGCCAAAGCCAAAUACGAAAGGAACGAAGGAAAAGAAAGCGAAGGGGAAUGAUGGGAUUUUCCUACAACAAAGUGGUGCCCAAUCCAGGUCAAGUAAAGAAACAAAGUCGCAGUACGUGUUACAGAAAGUUAGACCUUCGGAAUCGAAAGUGCAAGAAGAGAUAAAGUCUGAUACGCAGUAUUUUGGUCUGAGAAACCUCCACGAAUCAUUUAGAAAGAGUAAAGAAAAACAUCCUCUUUCUAAAAGUACGGGACAAGAGCCAGUGUUAUCAGAUUCACCAUCGCUGGCAAAAAUUGUGAAGUCAUUUGGCUUAAAAAUAGUUCAGAAUGACGCCCAGGGGGAUUGCCUGUUUGAAGCCCUAUCACAUCAACUCGUCAUUCAAGGCGUAACUAAGGAAGAUAUUGGACAUGUUAAUCUACGAAAAAAGCUGGUCCGAUAUGUUAGGGAACAUACCAUUCUGGGCAACGGCGAACAUGUGAUGAGUCUUUUUGAAGAACCUCCAGAGUGGCACCAGUACGCCAGGACUUAUUCCGGUAUAGCAGAACUAGAUCAAGAAAACCUUAUGGCAAUUCAGCAUUGUUGGUAUACUGAUGAAUACAUGAACAAAACAGGCACAUGGGGUGAUCUGAUCGUCAUCUGGGCGUUUAGCCAGGUCUACAAAACAGAUAUCCAGAUUUUCUCUUCAGAUGCGAGCCAUCCGUAUGUAAUUCAGGCAAAGGAUGGAAAAGAAGCACGAUACUCUGUGAAACUCGGGUACAUGCCUCAUGUACACUUCGUCAGUCUUAUAAAACAAUCAGACACCACGAUGACACGCAAGAAAGGAACACUUGGUGAUAGUAUCGAUAAAUGCAAAAAUAAAGACGCUGGUCACAACUUUGAACGACCUCGUGAAACAUUCACGUAUAAUUUGGACCACUACGGUAACGACACUGACUCAGAAAUGAAAGAGCUGACCGGUCGCGUUGAAAACUUCCUGACUGGCAAUGAAAUUAAGGAACUUAAUGAUUUCAUUGAUAAUCUAAAUACACCAAAACAUGGUAAUGUUUGUGACUUUGUAAACAGUCUCUAUACGCAUAUCAAGGAUGACAAAAAAAUCAAAACUAAUUUCUCCCAAGAAUUAUCGGUACCACACUUUAAAAUUGUCUACGCCCUCCAGUUCUUGUUUAAAUGUAUUGAUUCACCACAUGCCUCGAGAGUGGAAACAUAUGUAAGAGACCAUCACAUGUUAUGUAACAAGAAGGGGGGGGGUGGAUUUUGGAAAAUGUUUACAAGAAGUUAUGACUGGAAUGAGAAUGGCAUAUGGUGAAGAUGAUGACGACAUACGAACAGUGUCAGAUUUUGAAAGUAUGGUCGAGAACGAUACUAAAUGGUGGAAUAUUGUUGUCAAACGGGUAUCCUCAUUACCUGGAGCUGAUUCUUUCAAAGGGGCCAUUGAAAUGUAUAUGAAAUGGAAAAAGCUUUGCAUUCAGAUGGAAAUAAAGUAAUUAGCAGAUCUAGAUGGUAAUACAAAACUGUAGGAAAGCUCAGAAAUACAUUCCUUAGAUAAAAAUGAAUGGGAAGAUGUUACACGUCGGACAUGCUUCCACUUUGUAUAAGGCUGUACGUUAUAUGCAAUCAUAAGUGAUUUGAUUGUUUAAUGCUUUUUGAGACGUUCAUUGCAAUUCAUGAGUUAUUCCACUCUGAACUUGUGCUGGUAUACCGAUGUUUAAUAUUUAGUAUUUAUAAUUCAGUCCCAUUUGUGUACAGAAACCUUGAUUUUGAGCUUUUUAAAUGAUAAAUAUAUACCAUGUAGUAAUAAAUUGCUAUAGUCUUAUAAA